GCAUCCCGCACCAUCAGACGCGCAUUUCUGAGGCUAGGGUUUCUCUCUCCAACCUCUGCUCCGGCGGCAGCGACAAUAGCGGUGGCGAUGGCGGCGGCGACAGAGUCGGUGCAGUGCUUCGGGCGGAAGAAGACGGCCGUUGCGGUUACGUACUGUAAGCGUGGCCGCGGCUUGAUCAAGGUGAACGGGAGCCCGAUCGAGCUGGUGAAGCCGGAGAUCCUCCGCUACAAGGCCUUCGAGCCAGUCCUCCUCCUAGGCCGCCACCGAUUCGCAGGGGUGGACAUGCGCAUCCGCGUGCGCGGCGGCGGGAAGACAUCCCAGAUCUACGCGAUCCGGCAGAGCAUCGCCAAGGCGCUGGUGGCCUUCUACCAGAAGUACGUCGACGAGCAGUCCAAGAAGGAGAUUAAGGACAUCCUCGUCCGUUACGACCGCACCCUCCUCGUCGCCGAUCCCCGGCGCUGCGAGCCCAAGAAGUUCGGCGGCCGCGGUGCCCGCGCCCGAUUCCAGAAGUCCUACCGUUAGUUCCCCAGUCCGAUCUCUGGUGGGGUCUCAUAUCUCUUUUGUUCCCCCGUAAAAAAAGAGUGUCCCUUAUCUUCAUGCUAGCUCUCCAUCUUGUUCAAUUUCGUGUUUUGGAUGAAGUUAUUAAGAAGUUUGUUUUUUUAAUCAGCGGAUGUUAGAAGUUUGGACAAAGCUGUUUUUAUAGUUAAUUUUCUUCUUAUGACUCAAUUGUAUGGUUAAAAUAGUUCUAUGUCACUGUUCUAUAGUGUUUUUUAUAUGUCCUGUUUUGAUCCUAUUGCAAUGCUAUCAGUUGUCUCUCUGUUCUUUAAUAA